UUCAUAUAAAAUAAUAAUGCAUUAAAAAAACCAAAAGUUAAUAAUAAUUCAUAAAAUUUGUUAUUUCUACAUAAAUCCGUUUCGUAGUAUAUAUAUAAAAUUCAAAAUUUUUUUAAACAUUUAUUUAACCGUAAACAGUGUUAAAGAAAAGAUGAAAUUUUUAAUAUUUUUAGCUUUAAUUGUAACUGUUUUUUCAGAGGAUUACUCAGGAUACUUCAAAGAUCCUGAUCAUCCUGGUAAAUGUGUCCGUGAUGAUUUAAUUCUUUCUCCUGGUGAGGAGGCAAAAGUACCUGGAGAAUGUGCUAUGAUGACGUGCCAUGACGACGGUUUUGCCACAUUUAAAACAUGUGGUGUAGUUUUGGCUCCAUAUGGAUGUAAUUUUCCUGACUAUGUUUCUCUUGAUGCUCCAUUUGAUGAAUGUUGUCAAUUGAAAGAAUGUUACUUAUCCUGGAAAUGUGUUUAUGGUGAUCUUAUUGUUUCGGCUGGUGAGGAAGCAAAAUUGCCCGGAGACUGUGCUCUCUUUAUGUGCGGCAAUGAAAGUUUUGGCACUAUUCAAACAUGCGUUGUAAUGUUGGCUCCAAAUGGAUGUCAUUUUGGAGACUACCUUGAUAUUAAUGCUUCAUAUCCAAAUUGCUGUGAUAAGGAAAUUAUAUGUAAUUAAUUCGA